UCCUCUCGCUGGUCGGGGAACCCGACCGCCACCCCUGCCGGGUGAGUGACUGACAGCUCUCUGCAGCCAGUGGCCGAGGUGCUGGGUGGUGGAGACAGGCUCCCGUCGCCCCGGUGACGAGUUGGUGACUCGGUGAGGAGCUAAGAGUCCUGAGGGACGGAGGACUUUUGCAGAUGAAGGAACUGGGAUGCCAGGAAAGCACCUAAGUGAAACUUGAAUAAGAAUUGCACUAAUUAAGGGUCCCUCCUGUUCCAGAGAUUAACCGCAAUGUAUAGACCAGGGGAAACAGUGAAAUGUCGACUCAAUAUGCAUGCUCCUCCUCGGAUAAGAAGUGUGGAAGUUGCAAGAGGAAGAGCUGGCUAUGGGUUCACCCUUUCUGGACAAGCUCCCUGCGUUCUUAGCUGUGUUAUGAAAGGAAGUCCUGCAGAUUAUGUGGGACUUAAGGCAGGAGAUGAAAUAUUUGCAAUUAAUGAAAUUAAUGUAAAACAAGCUUCUCAUGAAGAUGUGGUAAAACUAAUAGGAAAAUGUUCUGGAGUCCUGCACAUGGUCAUUGCUGAAGGCAACAGUCAUAUUGACUCAUGUUCUAGUGAUGAAGAAGUUGGUUUUUAUGAUGGGAAAGGAUGGCUGAAGCCAAAGCCUGACUCUAAAGCCUUGGGUAUAAAUAGAGCGGAGAAGGUUGUUGAAGAAAUGCAGUCUGGUGGAAUUUUCAACAUGAUAUUUGAAAAUCCUAGUUUUUGUGCUGGUAAUGCAGAGAAUUCAGUACCAAAACAAAGAUCCCUUUCUGAAUCUUCUGCUAUUACGUUUGAAACUGGACAUGAAAGUAUAAAUAACAAUCCUAAUCUACUUUCAAAGGAAGAAAUAUCCAAAGUGUUGCAUGAUGAUUCAGUUUUUCAAAUUGGACUGGAAAAUCCAGAAGACUUUGGGUUAGAUGCAAGUAUUUUAAACGUUGCUAUGGUGGUAGGUUACCUAGGCUCGAUUGAACUUCCUUCAACAAGCUCAAAUCUGGAAAAUGACAGUUUGCAGGCUAUUCGGGGAUGUAUGAGACGCCUUCGGGCAGAACAGAAAAUCCAUUCAUUGGUGAUGAUGAAGAUUAUGCAUGACUGUAUUCAGCUCUGCAGUGACAAGUCUGGUGUAGUGGCAGAAUAUCCUGCAGAGAAACUGGCAUUUAGUGCUGUGUGCCCUGAUGAUAGAAGAUUUUUUGGGCUAGUUACCAUGCAGACAAAUGAUGAUGCAAGCUUGGCUCAGGAAGAUGAAGGGGUUCUGAGGACAUCUUGUCAUGUGUUCAUGGUGGAUCCAGAAUUAUUUCAUCAUAAAAUUCACCAAGGUAUAGCAAGACGUUUUGGACUGGAGUGUACGGCAGAUCCAGACACAAAUGGCUGUUUAGAAUUUCCAACGUCAUCUUUACCUGUUCUUCAAUUUAUCUCUGUCCUCUAUAGGGAUAUGGGUGAGCUGAUUGAGGGAAUGCGAGCAAGAGCCUUUCUUGAUGGUGAUGCAGAUGCUCAUCAGAAUAACAGUACAAGCAGCAACAGUGAUAGUGGUAUUGGAAAUUUUAACCAAGAAGAAAAAAGCAACAGAGUUUUGGUGGUUGAUUUAGGAGGCAAUCCAAGUAAACAUAUUCCUAAUAGUAUAUGGGAAAAUCCAGUUGGAAGGGGACAGAAUCAACAUGCUUCCCAUUGGAAUGGCUUCUGUCAAGAACAAGAAGGAAACGCUCAUUUAGAAAUAAUUCAGAAUGACAAAUCACAAAAUUUAAGUAAGCACUUAAGUCCUUCAGCUCGUAUUGAAGUUCCGCUAGUUUCUUCUCGAAGUUCAGUGCCGCCAUCCAAGAAAAGUAUUGUAGGCAUAGGCAAUCAGAGAUGGUUGCCUGUUCAUGUCUUACAAGAAUGGCAACAUGGAAAUGCCAGUGACCAGGAGUCUUAUACGGAUUCUACAGAUGGCUGGUCAAGUAUUAACUGUGGUACUCUUCCCCCUCCAAUGAAUAAGAUUCCAGCUGACAGAUAUAGAGUUGAUGGCAGCUUUGGUCAGCGCCAGUUAACAUCCUAUAUAAAUGAAUGGUCUAAGAAUGUAUUUUGCACGCACAAGAAGUUUGGCCCUCAACACAAUAUUAGAAAGUCUAAAGAAGCUAAAAAGGGUGCCAAAUUUGGACAUCCAGUUGGAUUAGCCCUGGCUCCCCAACGUGUGUCUGUUCGGAGAUCAUUUGGAAGAUCUAAGCGAUUUAGCAUUACUCGUUCACUGGAUGAUCUUGAGUCUGCAACUGUGUCUGAUGGAGAGCUAAACAGCAGUGAUUUAAAAGACUGUAUCAGUGAUAAUAGUCUCAGUAGCAAUGCUAGUCUUCCCAGUGUACAGAGCUGUCGACGACUCCGAGAAAGAAGAGUUGCAAGCUGGGCCGUUUCAUUUGAACGUCUUCUUCAGGAUCCUGUUGGCGUUAGAUUUUUCUCUGAAUUUCUACGGAAAGAAUUUAGUGAAGAAAAUAUUUUAUUCUGGCAGGCCUGUGAAUAUUUUAACCAUGUACCUGCACAUGACAAAAAAGAGCUUUCUUACAGAGCUCGGGAGAUCUUCAGCAAGUUUUUGUGUAGCAAAGCUACAACCCCAGUUAAUAUUGACAGCCAGGCACAGUUGGCAGAUGAUAUUCUCAGUGCUCCACAUCCAGAUAUGUUCAAAGAACAGCAGCUUCAGAUUUUUAAUCUGAUGAAGUUUGAUAGCUAUACUCGCUUUCUGAAAUCCCCACUUUACCAAGAAUGCAUUCUGGCUGAAGUAGAAGGUCGCCCUCUUCCUGAUCCACAGCGUGUUCCCAGCAGCCCCACAUCUAAACAUAGUAUCAACUCAGAGUGGUCCCAUAUCUCUACACCAAAAAAGUUAAUUGGAAAAUCAAAGUCGGGAAGGUCCCUAAAUGAAGAAUCUGGAGAGGAAGAUGCUGAGAAGAAAAAAAAAGGGACAUUUUUCUCCUGGUCAAGAAGUAAAAGUGUGGGGAGAUCGCAGAAAAAAAAGGAAAAUGAUGACUACCAAAAUGAUUUUAUGCAUACCAAUGGACUAUUUUGCAGACGUGAAUCACAAAGCUCCAUGUCAUCAGCUGCAAGUCUUGAACUGUCUGAUGCCUCUCGGUUAUCUGCAUCUGUACCUGAUAAAGAGAAAUCCUCAAAAUACUGCUGUAUAAACCUUCCAGAUGGCUCAUCCUGUAAAAUGGUUGUUAAAUCAGGAUUCUCAGUCAAAGAGAUGUUAUCUGGGCUCUGUGAGAAACAUGGCAUUAACAUAGCUGCAGUAGACCUUUUUUUAGUUGGAGGAGACAAGCCACUUGUAUUGCAUCAAGACAGUAGCAUCUUGGAUUCUCGGGAUCUACGUUUAGAAAAACGUACUUUAUUUCGGCUGGAUCUUGUUCCAAUCAAUAGAUCAGUUGGUUUGAAGGCUAAACCCACUAAGCCAGUAACAGAAGUUCUACGGCCUGUGGUUGCAAAAUAUGGCUUAAAUCUUAAUGAACUUGUGGCAAAACUAAAUGGUGAGCAGGAACCACUAGAUCUUGGUGUCCCUAUAUCUAAUCUGGAUGGUCAACGAGUUGUAUUAUAUGAAAAAGAACCAACAAAGGGAAGAGUGUUCACAGACAGACAAAAAGGCGCCCCAGUAAAACAAAGUACAGUUGUAACUUCUACUUCCAGAAAUCAAGCAUCUACAGGAGAGGGAAGAACUCUAGGAAAGUCUAAUUCUAUUAAAAUAAAAGGCGAAAAUGGAAAAAAUGCUAGGGAUGCUCGGCUAUCAAAGAGAGAAGAAUCUCUUGCAAAGAUUGGGGAAAAAAAAUAUCAGAAAAUUAAUUUGGACGAAGCAGAGGAGUUUUUUGAACUCAUAUCCAAAGCUCAAAGUAACAGAGCAGAUGACCAACGUGGGCUGCUAAGGAAAGAAGACCUUGUUCUACCUGAUUUUCUUCGUUUACCUCUCAGUGGACCAGAACCACCCUCAUCUACACCAGUGAGCUCUAAAGGCCUCAACAAGAGAAUUGCAAAAAAUGAUGGCAAGGAUAAAUGUACACAGCCAAGUGGAAAACUGGAGACUACGCAAAACUAUAAUGAAAAUUCAAUUAAGAAAACAGGUCAUUCAGAAAAUAAACAUAAGUCUGCUUUGACAACGCUCAACAGUCUGAAGACUUACAAUGUUCCUUUUAGUGCCCCAUUGUCGCCAAUUCCACAUGUACAGGAAAACAAUAUGACAAUAUGGAAAAGGCAAUCAGGAGAAUUACAGGCUGCAGGCAUACAGACUAUAGAUGAUGAAAAUGUAGCAGACUUGACUCUUGUGGCUGAAGGAGAUAUUAGUAGCCCUAACAGCACCUUACUGCCGCCACCACCACCAACACCACUAUCAGACAUCAGUAAACUCACAGAAGCCAACUAUCCACCACCAACUCCACUGGCAGGUAAUCAGGAAAAUUCUGGAUAUCAAAGAUCCAAUUCAGGUACGAACCACAGAAAGAAAAAAGAUUCACCAGGGGCUGCAGGAAACUUCUGUGAGCAAAGCUCUCACAAAACAAAGAGCAACAGAAGCCUGAAUCCUCCUGGUGGUAGGGAUAAUCUUCCCACUUCUGUAAACAGAAUAAUUGAUGUGGAUGGAGUUAAACUGGAAGACAGUGGCACACGAUCCUGUGAUGAUUCAGAAGGGAACCUCAGCUUCGAAGGCUGUGUCUCUGAACUAAGAUCUUGCCAGGGGAGGAUGCGGACAGGAGUUUAUAGAACAUCAGACCUUCCCUCUCUGAUUACUGUCAAGAGUGAGAAAAACAAGGGUGCUAAGAAUCAGUACAAAGCUACUUUUGUUUAAAUCCCUAUUUUUAAUUAACAGCUUCAGCAUUUUUGCCUGGCAUCGUUAGCACUAGAGCUAUGCAUUAUGGGCAUGUUCUGGCAAGUCACUCAGUGCUUUCACUUUCUAUUGGCUUCAAUGGGUGUUUAAAAUAGUCAGCGCCUCCCAAGGUCAGACCUUGUAUGAAUUGGAACCUGUAUAAUGAAAAGUAGUAUUUAAACAAAAGAGUUGAGAUACUUAAUUUUGUUCUGUCACCUAAUCAACUUUCUAAUGUUGUUUUCCAUAUCAUGGUUCCUCUUGGUACUUUGACCAAAUUGGUGAGAUUAAAAUUCUCAUGGCAUACAGCCAUUCUUUAAUGUCUUUGAGAAAGACAAAGUCAUUUUAAGUCCCACCCAGGUUUUUACAAAAGGUGGUUUUGGUUUUUCAUCUUAAUCUUCUAAUGUUUUUUCCUAGUCCGCAGUAUUCCUCGGUGCUGCUAGACUUGUACAUUGGAUGUGAAGUGUACUAUUCAUUAUUAUUUGGACAGCAUUGAGACUCUUUGUCUGGCAAAUCUUCCUGUCUAUUGAUAGCAUCUGAGAAAUCCAGGGGGAGUUCAGUCUUGUUAUAAAGAUUACCUGAGUGGAUAGAUGCAUUCUGGCAUGCUUUUUACAUGGGCAGGAAUCCAGAUUCAAGAAAGCCAUAAAGCUCAUUCAGACAGAGCAAUAGCGGUUUCUGUAGCUUGCCUUGGUAACUUAUCCAUAGCAAUGAUUUAUAAAGCAGCCACAUGGAGAUU